CAGGAACAAGAAGCACUUAAAAGAAGCCUUUUCAACUGCUGCAGCAUCUUUAGCAUCCUUCUGCCUUGGAAAGAGAUGAUUCAAACUUGACCGGACAUGAGGAAAAAGUGGGUAUGGAGAACUUCGAACUGCUGAAAGUCCUCGGGACUGGAGCUUAUGGCAAGGUGUUUCUGGUGCGGAAACUCAGCGGCCAUGAUAAGAACAAGCUAUAUGCCAUGAAGGUGCUGCGCAAAGCUGCGAUUGUCGCCAAGGCUAAGACAACCGAGCACACGCGCACGGAGCGGACGGUGUUGGAACAUGUGCGCCAGUCGCCCUUCCUGGUGACCCUUCACUACGCCUUCCAGACAGACUCUAAACUCCAUCUUAUCCUAGACUACGUGAGUGGUGGGGAGCUGUUCACGCACCUGUACCAACGGGACCACUUCUCUGAGGAGGAGGUGCGGUUUUAUAGCGGAGAGAUCAUUUUGGCUCUCGAGCACCUGCACAAGCUUGGCAUCAUCUAUCGGGAUGUGAAGCUGGAGAACAUCUUGCUGGACAGCGAAGGCCACGUGGUGCUCACGGACUUUGGGCUGAGCAAAGAGUUUGUGACCGAGGAUACGGAACGGACCUUCUCCUUUUGUGGCACGAUUGAAUACAUGGCCCCGGAGAUUGUACGGAGCAAAAGCGGACACGGAAAGUCUGUGGAUUGGUGGAGUUUGGGAAUCCUGAUGUUUGAGCUGCUGACGGGCGCGUCCCCCUUCACGCUGGAGGGCGAGAAGAACUCGCAGGCUGAGGUGUCCAGGCGGAUCCUGAAAUGCAACCCUCCGUUCCCGUCCGUCAUCGGCCCCGUGGCCCGCGACCUGCUGCAGAAGCUCUUGUGCAAGGAUCCCAAGAAACGUCUUGGAUCGGGGCCCACGGGAGCCCAGGAGAUCAAAGACCACCCCUUCUUCACGGGCCUGGACUGGACCGAACUAGCCGAUCGCCGGGUGAAACCCCCCUUCAAGCCCCUGAUCCGCAGUGAGCUGGACGUGCGGAACUUCGCCGAAGAAUUCACCAGCUUAGAACCCAUCUACUCCCCCGCCGGGACUCCCCCCAACCUCGACCGUGUCUUCCAGGGGUAUUCCUUCAUUGCGCCUUCCAUCCUCUUCAACCGCAACGCUGUGACGGCGGACGUGCUCGGGGCUGCCAUGGCUGGGGAGCGCCCGGGAAGCGCCGCCGUGGCCCGGAGCGCCAUGAUGAAGGAUUCGUCGUUCUUCCAAAAGUAUGAGAUGGACUUGAAGGAGCCACCCUUGGGCGAGGGCAGCUUUUCCUUGUGCCGCCGCUGCCGGCAGCGCCAAACUGGAGCAGAAUUCGCCGUCAAGAUCAUCAGCAAAAGGAUGGAAGCAAACACACAGCGCGAAGUGGCUGCCUUGCAGAUCUGCGAAGCCCACCCAAACAUUGUCAAGCUACAUGACGUCCAUCAUGACCAGUACCACACGUAUCUCGUGAUGGAACUGCUCCGAGGCGGAGAGCUUCUCGACCGCAUCAAGAAGAAGCAGCACUUCAGCGAAUCGGAAGCCAGCCAGAUCAUGCGCAGCCUGGUGUCUGCCGUCAGCUCCAUGCAUGAUGCUGGGGUGGUGCAUCGUGACCUAAAGCCAGAGAAUAUUCUGUAUGCGGACGAAUCGGAAGGGGCCCCCAUAAAAGUGAUCGACUUUGGCUUCGCUCGCCUCCGGCCGCAGAAUUCGCAGCCCAUGCAGACGCCCUGCUUCACCUUGCAGUACGCCGCUCCCGAGCUGUUGCAGGAUGGGGGUUACGAUGAGUCCUGUGACCUCUGGAGCCUUGGGGUCAUCCUGUACACCAUGCUCUCUGGACAGGCCCCCUUCCACAGCAGCCAGGAAGGAAGUGCGGCCAGCCAUGCAGCCGAGAUCAUGCACAAGAUCAAGGAAGGUCGGUUCUCCCUGGAGGGUGAGCCGUGGAAGAAUGUGUCGGAAGAGGCCAAGGAGCUGGUUAGAGGUCUCCUGACGGUGGAUCCUGCAAAACGGCUGAAGAUCUCAAGCUUGCGCUACAGCGAGUGGCUCCUGGAUGGGAGUGCCCUUUCUUCCACCCCCCUCAUGACUCCGGACAUUCUGGAGAGCUCAGGGCCCGCCGUGCGAACGGGCGUCAACGUUGCCUUUAUGGCCUUUAACAAGGGCAAGCGGGAAGGUUUCUUUCUGAAGAGUGUGGAGAAUGCUCCCCUCGCCAAACGGCGCAAGCUCAAAAUGUCCAGUACCGGUGCCGAAGCCCGACGCAGCAGCAGCACCUCCUCCUCUUCGUCCUCCGGCUCCUCGUCCACCACCUCUUCCCGUCCCCCCAAGGCUAAGGUUCCCACAGUUCGCCGAGAACCCCCGUCGUAGCGACCCCAGGAGAGAGGGGUGCGCGCUCCAGGGCAGGAGGGAAAGUGGGUAUUUAUUGUCUAUGUUGCUGUCGGGGCCGGAAGCCUCCUCUGUACCACCCGCCCACCGCCUUUCCCAUUGCCAGCCCCGUACGAUGCAAUUUCGCCCCAUUCACGACAGGCCCCCUUUUGUUGCGAGAAAGCAGCAAAGGUUUGUGUGAACAUUUGGACUGUGAGCUGGGGGGGCCGUAUGGUGUUCGCCAAAGAUUUUGCACGACAGCCCCAGAUCUGCUGUCAGGAAAAGAGGGAGACACUGCCGGGCAGAACCCAGGGAAGCUGCCCCCCCUUUUAAAAAUACCAAAUCAAUGUCAAUUUCUGAGGGUUGUUCAGGGUUAGGCACCAGGGUGAGGAGUCCAGGUUUGUGGGGAGGGUCUUGUGACUUUCUUUGCGCUUUUUUUUAAAUAGAUGGGGGGGGGCUGGUGGAGCCCUGCCUUUGUCCUCCCCCUUACACUCCCAACAUGCAAGAGGGCUGGUCCCUUUCCCACCCCUGCCCUGGGUCUGGCGUGGAAGGGGGCAAAGGUCAGGGGUUGCAGUUAACCCUCCAAAUACUGGGGGUGGGUGUUUUCCAUUCAUUUUGAUGUUUUUAUAAGGAGUUGGCUGGAGGGGGGGUUGUUCGUUUGGGGGGGGCAAAGCUACUUACAGGGGAGGGCUAUGUGAAAUGUUUCUCCUAUGGAGUAUCACGCCCCCUCCUUCUAGCACCCCUGGUUCCCCCCCCCCUUUUUUUUUAGCUUGGCACAGAAAUUGAGCAGCCCUGGCAUUCCCCUGAAAGGGAAGCUGGCUUGUGUCAUUUCUGCGUGUCAAACGGCUGCCGGAAGCCCAGACAACAUAAAAAUUAGGCAAAAUCCUGAAGCUCAUUCGGAGAAUUGGCAGGCCUGAGAGAUGGGUUUUCAGAGGAAACCAGGGCAGAGGGCCUACUCUGUUCCCCAGGUCCAGAAAGAAAGGCCCCAAAAUCCUUAAGCACAGAGUCAGGGCAGGAAAAGCUCCGGUAGAUGUUUUCAGAGUUUGGGGAACGGUCUUCCGUUUCUGCCUUAUGUCCCAGUAGAACGGGCUCUGCUGGAGCAAUCUGUAUAAGCUCAGAGACUUUGCAAAAAUGUGGGUUUAGGGGGUGGGAGUAUUGUAGGGGAGGGAGAGAGUAUAUUUUCGAGAGAGAAGAAAUUACUGUUUUUUUAAAAAAAAAUACUGAACGCGAGUGUGAGGUAUACAUUUGUUGAAUCGCGCAUUUGAAUUCAGAAUGCAAGGGAGAAUUUUAACCUUACUUGCCACUAUGAUGGGAAGGACUUAAGGAUUUCAGUGAAAACAGGAAUCUGUGAACUUGACCCCUUUUUGCAGCUUUUAAUCCCAACUGAAACUAGAUUUUACUUUAAAAACUGGCAUUUCCCCCAUAUUACGAAGCAGCAUUUAAAAACUCGUUGAAUCUGGAUUGCACUAAACUUGGUAGGAUAGAUAAAAUGAACAGUCAUUUGGAUUUUAGUCACUGGGGUAUUUUUUUUACCAUUUUAGAGACAUCCCAGUUGAAGAGAUCAAAUUUAUUACUGUUAGCUGAGACCCAAGCCAUUUCUACGUAGCUGAAUGUGACUCUCAUACUGCAACAUCAAUUUUAGUAACUUUCACAUCCCGCUUUUGCUUACGCAGCAGAAAGGUUCUGUUUAAAGUUUGUGAAAAAUCCGCAGGUCAUGCAACAUUUUUAUAGGGCUGUCCAAGGAUUCCGAUUACUUGGCAUUUAUUGGUGUGUCCCAGUAAGCUGGAAAGAAAUAUUUGUUAACAUAGAAGUGUGAAUAAAUAUUAGGGUGGGGGGAAAUGGGAAUAUGUGCACAUGUUCAUUCUGGAUUAUUUAAUCUGGAAUUUAAAAAAUGUUAUGAUAAAUAUGUACAGGUUCUGGAAAGAAGCCUGAAAGGAUGGAAGCAAAGGGAAGCUUGUUUAGACACUUUAAAGGGGUGUGCAAUUAGAGCUAUAAACUACCUGAAAACAUAGGAAACCCCUCAAGAUGUGUGGAAAUUUGGGGGAUUUAUUUCAGACUGCUGGACAGUAUCCACUUAGACUAGAUUAAAUUUGUAGUGUGGCGAUUUCUGUUAAUCAGUUCGGACACCUCUCAGUGAUCAGCUUUACUCGCCCUGGAUAGGUGAAGAAAACUCUUCUACCAGUUGGAACUGAUCUAAUCUUGACGUUCGUAUCAAACUAUGCUAAGAAUAUUUAAUCUAAAUUUUUCUCUUCCACCACCACCACCCCUCCAAUUUCCCACCUCUCCUGCCACCUCUGUUGGGAGUCAGGAGUAUAAAACCACUAACUUCUCCUCCAUUAAAGGAAAAAUAUAACAAUAACCCAAACUUUUUCCUUCCUGGACACAAGGUGCAAUUCAUUUUUUUUCCAAAGAUUUAAUCCCAAUGCUGCCCCAAAAUAUUUCCUACGGAUUUUAGGAAACGGGGGGAGGGAGGGAGAGAAAAUAUGCAUUCAUUUCGGCUGCAAUAUUGCUGUCGGAGCAGGAAGCGGUGCCGAUGCUUUCCUUCCUCCCCAGCCAUGCUACCCAUUUUAAACUGGCAUCAGACCUGUUCUGAGCGGACUCUUAACAAAGGAACUCUACAAAAUGGAGGGAUUUUCUACCCAGGAGUUCUCCGCACCAUGACAAAAACAGCAUGUCCCCUUUUGUGGGAUGGCAGGACAGUUAAAUCUGGUUUCCAAUCCAGUUUUAAGUUUGUAGCAGAGACGCUACCUGACCAGGCUUGCCCCAUUGUGCCCCUCCUCUACAUUUUUUGUGACUGGCAGCUGUUUUAUUUGGGGAGGGAGGAAUCUCCCCCUCCUUGGGGCAACAGAAUAUACGUGUGCGCGUGCGUGUAUAUAUAUAAAUACAUAUUUGUGUGUGUGCGCGUGUGUGUCUUAACUGCCAUAUCUCCCCAUGCUCUGCUGAAGAGAGAUGGUGGAAGAUUGGAUGAUGUGUACUUUUAAGUCUUUCUCUAAGCAGCACAAGCAGCCAAGAAUGGGCCAUUGGGCAUCUUGUCCAUGCAACCAAACCAUGUGCAUUUUUUAUUUGAAAAUAAAAAUCACCUCUGAAGCCA